AUGGCUAGGAGCAAGACAAACAGCAAGAAGAAUGCUGCGGGUAAACGUUUAAUAGACAGAGUAGUUCCCAUGGACAGAAUAAAAAAAGUCGGUACGCAUAAAAAAACACCUGUAAAGCAUACUAAAGAGGGAUUUAGCGUAGUAAACGGUAAACUAGUUAGCAGUAAUGACAUCGGAGUACUUUUGAGAGAGGCUCAAGGAGCCAUAGACAAGAGAAAUAAUGUUUCGCAAGGAAAAAACAAGAAAAAUGGCAUAAGGACUAAUAAUAAGAGUAAUAAUAGGCACCAAAUCAAUGUUAACACCAGCCCUGGCUGGGGUGCCCGCGAAGAAACAGAACGCGGGCCUUCUAGCAAAAGAAGAUCCCAGAAGGCCAGCAGUACAAAUAACAUGAACAUCUCAUUGGGCUCCAAUACUCUCAAUGGCAAGAAACAGCGACAACAAUUUGACGGAGAAAUGGGAAGUGGCAGCCAGCUCGUUAUCUCAACCAAUUCAGACGCAUCAGAUAAAUUAUUGAUGCUGUUCAAUCUGACAUUGGGUGUAAACCACGAAAACUUAAAAAACGUCCUACAAAAUCUUUCACAAGUGCAGAUAGCUCACGUUAAAGUGAGGGAUUUGCCUUCUGGAUCCGCUACUGCAAAAGUCAGACUAGCAUAUCCUACGACACAAUCUCUAGAAAAAGUAAGGAAAUUGUUUCAUGGAGCUCUAGUGGAUGGAAGGCGUAUCCAAGUGGUGAUUGCAUCCGAAGAAUCGACACACUUAUCGUAUUAG